UAGGCAGUAUAUACGAAACAAAUCCGAUUUCAAACAGAAAAGUUCGGCACGUUCUGCUCACGAUGCUGAGUCUGUGUUAGAAAAUUCACAACACUUCAUUAACAAGGAUCUUGAAGAAGACGGUUAUAGUUUGACAUCACAGCAGAAUUUUGACCUUCAAACUCAUGUAGUAAUAUACGAAAAGUAUACAAAAAAUAUACCGCUUCACACCAUUAAAAAAAUCAUUCUAAUCGUGUGUAUUUCCAAAGCUAUUGCAAAAAAAUUAUUGACAUAAGACAGGCUGUCGUAAUUCUACGUUAACCUUGCAGUCGUAUCUUAUAAACAACUUCUUCAACUUUUUUAGUAUCGGAUAUAACUAUUGCUUCAAUUUAUUUUUUUCAACUGGACUUCAUUUGCAGAAACAAAUUUCCAAUUAUUUACACGAAAAAUUGGUAUGAACUGUGUACCAAGAUAGGAUUUACUCUGUUCAAGCUGCUCUUCAUAAUUAUAAAAAUAGAGUCAAAGACGAGUGGUUUCGUGAUGUCAUACGGCAUCACCCGUAGGUGAACUGGUUAAACAUGACAGUUAGUGUUAGCAAAAGAAUGCAAUUAGAGGUCUGUGUUGCACUCAAGCUGAUUCACCUUCUGAUAGUGCCAGUAAAUAUUUUCUUAUUUCAGUGAUUCUUAUCAAGUAAAACACGAGAAAAGCAUGAUUAUAUUAACGUCGCAGCACUAAAUCGAAAUCGCGACUUUUCGCUGCGACUUUAAAUAUCCUGGGAAGUAGUGCCCUGAAUAGCACAUCAGAUGCGCUAUACAGCGCAUUAUUUGUGACGCAAGGUAUAAUGUGCUGCAUGAGAGUGAAAUCAAUUGUCGCCAGUCGACGACUAGAAUUUUCAACUAAAUGGAUAACAUGUUUAUACAAAAGAUGUGUCAUUGAUGAACCACAUUGGUUAUCCAGGUUUUAAACUUAAUCAAAAGUUGCGCUAAUUAUGCGCAAUGUGAUUUCACAUCAUCUUACUUUUGUGUGUGUUUGCAUGCUUUCUGCCGAAUUGUAAAAAAAUGACAAUCAGUUUAAACCCCGAUUAGCUUAUACUCAAUGAUUCACUACCAGCUCUAUGUCGUAUACUUAUCAACUCAUUAUUAAUUUAGUUGACUCUUAGGUCAACUAUUUCGUUGUUGUUUGACGAUAUUCAUCUGCAGAUGACGUCGAGAAUGACUAGGAAAACUUUCACGGAUGCUUUGAUAUCGCACUGGAGCAUAUAGAAGUCACAACAACUGGUUUUGCUUUCGAAGUUUUAUCGGUCAGUUGCCGGAGAAGCUUGUUCUGCCUGACGUAAUGUUUCAUUUAUUCCAGUAAACGGAUUCUAGUUUGAAUACGGAUACUUAUUUCUUCUCUCACGCUACUAAAACAAUUUUGUUUUCACUAGUUUAUUAUUUGGGAAUCGUAUUCCAUUCAAUACUGAUUGUUUCCAAAUAUUUAUGAUCGGUAUGGGUGAGUCCAUUCUUUAUGGUUCUUUAUUAUUUUAUUUCAUAUCAGUUCCAUUCCGUGAAACAUUUAACGUUCAAUCCAGCUGCGAAGUGUUAGUGAAACUGGAAUGAGCUUUUCAUGAACGAUGCUUUCGUUGGCAGUCUUCCGUAACAUGCUGAGAGUUUCGGAUGUUCUUUUGAUUCAUUCGUGGAGUUUUGAAUCUGAAGUUUAUCAGUAAACGUGGCCUCCGUUGAACGAAAGUGAAAGAUAGUGCGAUUUCUUUCAUUGUAAUAAUUACUAGCGUGUGUUGAUCGUGAUGAUGGUUUCGUCAAAAAGUGUCCUCUUCUCGCUGGUUGCAGUUUACAUGAUCUACCAAGUCUCGGCAGUGGUAACCAAAAGCAAAACAAGUUUCUCGAGCAGGAAUGUUACCCAGGAUAUCAGCCACGCAAUUACGAACCUAGCCCGCGAUUUAUCUGUACAGAUUGCCAACAACCGUAGUAAAAGUGAUAUCAUUUCACCUAUCAGCAUAGGAUCCUCUUUGUUAUUACUAAUGCGGAUUACCAGAGGCGACACGAGAAAUGAAUUAUUGAAGCUUCUCCAUCUUCUACAGUAUCAAAAAAAUGAUAAGACAAUACCUUUGAAUUUCCAACAACUGAUCACAGAGUUUUUGGAGCUAGAUCAACCCAAUGCCACCCUAGCAGACUCUCCAACUUGGCGGAAUGGUAGUAAAUGUAUAAGCAGCGAAUACGAUUAUGACGAAGAAUAUGAUUACGAUGACCCACAAACUGGAGAAGCAAACAUUGUGCGUCUUGCGAAUGCAGUUUUCGUCCAGAAGGGAAUGUUAAAUAAUGCGGAGCUUGUAAAAAGGAUUAAAACCCUUUAUCGCAGCACCGUGGAGGAUGUGGAUUUCAAUGGUGCCCCUGAUAGAGUUACAAAGCACAUCAACAAAUGGGUGAACGAAAACACGAACGGUCGUAUUUCCCAAAUCGUACCGGAUAACCUGAGCCGGGAAACAACAAUGAUAAUAGCUAAUGCUUUAUACUUUAAAGCGUUCUGGGAACAGGUUUUCAUCGAAGGGGCCACCAAACCGAAAAAAUUCUUCCCCAAUGGGGAAAACGAGGAGCCUGUUGAGGCAGAUAUAAUGGCUAACACUGGAUGCUUUCCAUACUACUUCUCGAAAUCGUUGGAUGCUGGAAUAAUGGGCUUCCCAUAUACAAACCGUAGCACUACUAUGUACGUCAUUUUGCCGCAAAAUUCAAACAGGAACAAACUUCAACAAUUGAUGGAGAAAUUGGAUGCUCAAACACUGGACCUGCUGAUCUCCAACAUGACCAUGCGCAGUGCCUCCAUUUUGUUUCCAAAAAUGCAUAUCACAAACUCGUUUGAUCUGAAAACGUUGCUUCAGAAGAUGAAUGUAAAGGCAAUGUUCAAUCCCAAGCGAGGUUCAGUAGACUUUACUCCAAUGAACAAUUCCUCUAGGAUUAGUACCAGCAAAUUAAAAGUGAGCGGAGUCAUGCACAAGGUAGAUUUAGAAGUGAACGAAGCUGGUACCGAGGGAGGCGCAGUGACGAUCACGUUGCAGGAUCGGAUAGCUUCUUCGGUUAAUUUCCGGGUUCUCACUCCCUUUUUAGUAGCGAUCAGACACGAUAACACGAAACUGCUACUAUUCUACGGACCGGUGUACGAUCCGUCGUAGUAAAGGCUGAAGAUUUUAUAAUAUAAUUUAUAGCAAAAAAAAAAUCAAAUAAAUAUCUAAUGAUCAAUAAGUCUAAAAUUAAAUAGUUUAAAGUGGAAAUUGUAACAGAUUUUUGUCGUUGAAAGAAAUUGAACUUCUUUUUUACUUCGGAAUGUUCUGAGUGUUCGUUCCUCAAGUAGGAUCUCGAUUUACCUAGGUGCCACGUUAACAGUUGAUUUGUGUUACUGCCGUUCCACACAUAUAUGUCUCACGUUCUAAAUCAAGCAAACGAAAAAAAUGAUCUUGAAGUUUUACCAUACUUUUACACAUUGUGAAACAUGUAAUUAUUAGGUUCCAUGCAAUUUUACUAUGUAGUAUACUGUUUGAAAUAGAACUAGUUGAUUAUUGUUU